GAUAUGUUAGUAAAAAUAUUUGGAGUAACAAACAAGGGAAAGAAACGUGUGUCUUAUUAGAAAUGCAAAAUGUCGAAUAAAAGAAUUUGAUGAAGGAACAAAGGAAGAGCAAGUUACCACCAUUGCCAAACAAAUGACUGCCCAUGGUAUAAAAAUGGAAAGUAUAAUUAUGAGAGGAAAGCUUAGUCAAGAUGCAAACAAGGGAAUAAUGGAUGAGAAUGAUCGCUUGUUAAAUAUUUUUUCAAAGGAAACAUCAACAAGAUUGUUGUAUGUGGAGAAUCCAAUUUCUUUAUUUGGUGCUCUUCGAACAAGAAAUGGAGCUCCAGUUAUAGUUCUCGAAGGGCAUCUUGAAAUCAAUCCAACACUGAGCAUUAAGGGUGCAAAGAUUGGUGCCACUCUUUGGCAAAAAUUGUUUCCUGAAUAUGAGGCAAAGUUGCAAUGUGGUUCUGCAUAUGUCAUUCAGAACAUUAAGGUUGUUAAGAAUCAUUCUGAAUACAAACAUGACAAAGAAAGAAAUGACGAAGUUUGGUUAUGCAAAGAAAACGAACCUGUACUCAGGGUUGGUGGUGACUUCUUUCACCUUCGAAGCACUCCAUUCUGUCUUCUUUCUCCUGCAAAGAAAAGGAACCUGUACUCAGGCCUGAUUCAUUUUACUUAAAUGUACUUCCUUUUGCUGAGGAUGGGGAGAGUUUCAAUUCCCUUCCUUCACUAAUUUCCCAGCAUCGUGGCAACCAAAUGGACAACAGCUAGAGGCUACAGCUAACUUAAUAAAAAAGCUUGAUCUUGCACCACAUGGGCAAGAGGAAGUUUUGCUACCUGACUUUACACCAAAUCCAGUGUUAGAGCGCUUUUAUCAUUUUCUUGAGCUAAAAUCAAAGGAUCCUGAUGUGGCAGUACCUCCUCUUGAUGACACACUCAAGAAAAUUACAGAGCCUGAUGCUGACUUGCUUUAGCAAAACAAAUCUGAAAUAGACUCAUUUUGUAGGUCUUUUGAGCUAAAGGGAAAUCCCUUGAAAAAGUCGAGGCGUUCAUUGGGAGGAAAGAGAUCUUUUUCAAAUGAUGAAGAGGUUAAAGGAAACAUUACUGCUCAACCAGCCAAUCUCACCGGAAAUGCAUCUGUUAAAGUUGGGAAAAUUGGGGAUCUGACUCUCGUUCAAUAUUUUGAAGCCUUGAUUUGACGCAGAGAUAGUCCAGAUUGGGUUGUAAAAGCCAUUAAUGAAAUGAAAAAUAAAAUAUUUGACCUGGACUUGUUGAUGAUUUUUUAUAAUUAUAGACAAUGUCAUCAGCCAUCCAAUGCCAAGUUUGGUCCCAAACAUGUUCA